AUGCGUCUCACCACCAUCUUCCUCUCGCUCGCCUCCCUCGCCUGUGCCGCCGAGCUCGGCAUCGAGGUCACCCACAAGGUCGAGUGCACCCGCAAGACCCAGAACGGCGAUGGUGUGCAGAUGCACUACCGCGGCACCCUGCAAGACUCCGGCAAGGAGUUCGACUCUAGCUUCAAGCGCAAUGUUCCCUUGAGCUUCAAGCUCGGUACUGGCCGUGUCAUUAAGGGCUGGGACCAGGGUCUGCUGGACAUGUGCAUUGGCGAGAAGCGUACUCUCACCAUUCCCCCCGAGUACGGCUACGGCGACCGUGGCGUGGGUCCUAUUCCCGGCGGUGCCACCCUGAUCUUCGAGACCGAAUUGGUUGGAAUUGACGGUGUGGACAAGGAUGAGCUGUAA